AUGUCCGGAAAUUAUCCUACUCUGGCUGCAGAAAUGCUACAGCAAAGAAAUGAUGUAAUAGCUAGGAGGGAUUCUCGUCUUGGGCAAUUACUGGUAGCACCUUGUAAGACUAAUGGAAUCACACUCAAAAACAUCGAGUUCAGUGGAGGAUUAAAAGGCAAAUUUGAAAUCGAGAGAAUCAAUGCUGAAUUGGAACUU